GCCAAGAUGGCGGCGCCCGGGACAGACGCCGGAGAGUUUGAAAGGUGGCUAAAUGAUCGCCUGGACGCGUUAGAAGUGGAUCGUGAGGUGUAUGGGGCGUAUAUUUUAGGGGUCCUACAAGAAGAGGAGAGUGACGAGGAGAGAGAGGAUACACUUCAAGGGAUUUUAUCCGCAUUUCUGGAUGAGGACACUGUGGAAGAUGUUUGCAAACAGAUCAUCAAGCAGUGGACAGAGUGUUGCAGCCGAUCAGCAGCCAGAAGAGAUGCUGAUGAUGCUGAGGUCCAGGCCAUCGCCAGUAUGAUAGAAAAACAAGCUCAGAUUGUGGUGAAACAGAAGGAGGUGUCAGAGGAGUCAAAGAAAAGGAAAGAAGCCCUCCUUGCUCAAUACGCCAACAUAACAGAUGAAGAGGAUGAAGCUGAAGAAGAGGAGCCAACAAGUGGAAAUAUCGUCCCAGGGAAUGAUAAAUCCCUGUUUAAGAACACCAACGUGGAGGAGGUGCUGAACAGACAAAAGCAAAAGCGCGACCAGGCUCGUGAAGACGCUCAGAAGAAGAAGGAAACGGACAAGAUGCAGCGGGAGAAGGACAAACUCGCCAAACAAGACAGAAAAGAGAAGGAGAAGAAGAGGACACAAAAAGGUGAACGCAAAAGAUAAAACCAAGGGAAAGGACACUUUGUAUAGGCAAAGGUUUUGUAACCAGACAAACACAAAAAAAAAAAAAACAAGUCAUUGCCUCCUUUUAGUUCAAACCUCAUUGGCACCUUCAGUAUGUGAAUGACUUCAUCAGACCCUCCUUGUUAAUUACUUUCUGUGUAAAGAGCAAUGUGCUGGAUGUUGUGCAGAUCUGGAUACUGAUAUGGGAAGUAUGUGGUCUAAGAAUAAAGUUGCAGAUCUUUAUAUGAUGAUGAUUGCAAUAGUCAAGUCUUGUCGAUGACAAAAAAAAGUACUUAUUUAAGUCUCUGCCAAUAUGAUGUCGUUCCAGCAACUGUGAAACAUGCUUCAGCUAAGCUUUGACAGUUACCACUGACAUGAACAAAGUAUUCACCUAAAACAUAAAUUGGAUCGAUUGUGGUAAAAAUUGAGACACACUUAAAGAGUAACUCAAUCCAGAGUUUCUGUUAUUAUCCUCUAUGCCGAUAUCUUGCAAAUACCUUUAAUUUCUGCACAACUUCUAAGUAAAGGCAAUUUUCAUGUCAAAUGUUUUUACUUAAUUUUCAUUGCUUUAGGUUUCAGUUUUACAGUCUAUGCAUUUUGUGUGAGAUCAAGAACAAAGGACCGGUUGCUAAAUUAUACCUCAAAUAUAUCAUGUACCAUGAUUUGAAUGUUUAUAAUGAGGUUCAUCAUCUUUUUAAAGUAAUAAAAAACACUUUCAGCCA